AUGAACUUCAUGCCAAUCUUUGAGGCAGCCGCUCAUCAGUUGCGAUCGGCAUUUGGUGAGGAUGGUAAAUUGAAAUUGGGAAAGGUCGAUUGUCUUGAGCAUCCAGGAUUGGAGAAUCGAUUUAAUGUAGGCAAGUAUCCCACAGUCAGGAUCGUGCGAUUUGGACGGGUUCGGCAGAAGGAAUACCGAGGACAACGUUCGCGGGAUGCAAUUGUUCAAUUUGUCUAUAAUGAACUUCGAGAUCCUAUAGAUGAGUUCCAGUCAAUGAACGAUCUGCAGAAGCUGCCCAACCAGAAAAACAUGAUAAUUGGAUAUUUUGAGCAAAAGGAUCUUCUCGAAUAUGAAGUAUUUCGGAAGUCUGCGCUUACCAUGAGAGAUCACUGCCAGUUCCAUGCGAGUUUCGGUGAAGCGGCCAUGUCAAUGAGUUCAUCUGGCAAAAAUAAAAUAAAAUUCGUGCGGAAUCUUGCCCAUGAUAAUCAGGAUUUGAAUAACGAAUAUUCGGGUAGCUUGACAGGCUUCAGCGAGAUGCUCCGUUGGUUUCAGGAGAAAUGUAGGCCGCUAGUUAGGGAACUAACAUUUGAAAAUGCCGAGGAGAUUUCCGAAGAGGGACGGCAAUUUGUGAUACUCUUUCACAACAAAAGUGACUCGAAAUCGGUGCAGGAGUUUGAAAAUGUCAUAGAAGCAGAACUAAUGAAUGAAUUGGAUAAUAUAAACUUUCUCACUGCCGAUGGUGCAAGCUUUUCUCAUCCUCUUUAUCAUUUGGAUAAAUCGGAAGAGGAUCUACCGCUCAUAGUCAUCGAUUCGUUUGUGCACAUGUAUCUGUUUCCCAAUUACUCGGAUAUUCAUACGCCAGGCAAGCUUAAGGAAUUCAUUGGUAGUCUAUUCUCCGGUGAUCUGCAUGUGGCAUACCAUUUAAAGGAUGAUUUAGCUGAGACAGUGCGAGAGGACAAUCCGCAGGAUGACCGAGGCGAAAAUGAAUUAACCUCUGAGGAGAUAAUUCAGGGUACAACCACACCUCAAUCUGUAUAUAAAUCAAAAUUCAGGAAACUCUUGCCCUCAAGAAACAGAUACACCUUUGCCAGAGAGGAAUUGUAA